UUUUUCAUAUUAAUUAGUAGACUUAAACAUGAUGGAGAAUAAAGAUACUACAACACCUCCAAAGGCUAGUGAUGACAACAAUUCAGAGCAUGUUUCAAAACUUGUUCAUCAAUUUUUCUUUGUCAAGCUUUGGCCAACAGAUCCAGAUUCAAUAUCUAAAAUCAAAACUGAAGAGAAUGUGGUUAAGAAAAUGAAUCAAGAUAUUUCAGAAAUCACAGAAAGCAUCACAAAGAAAAUGUCGGAAAAAGCGCAUCUAGGUUCUUUGUUGAGCAGGUUAAACUAUCCAGAAAAGGAACAUAGAAAGCGUGUGGCGGAGAGUAAAGAGAAGAUACUAAAGGAUUUAUAUAUGAUUCUUGACAAAUUGUGUUUGAUGAAUAAAGAAGCAAAGAGGGGAAGGUUUGGUGAGGAACUUGAUAAAAAUGUAAGAAUAAUAAAGUAG